AUGGAGUCGAGGCUGCUGGGAGCCGCCGUUCUCCUCUGCCUGGUAGAUGUUCUCCAUGCUUUUGCGAUUGAAGAGAAAGAAGAUGUGUUCAAGAGAAUGGCUUGUCCCGCUUUCUUGAUGUUCGACAACGCCGCUUACUUGGCUGACAUGACCUUCGAGCUCCCUUGCAAUUGCAAGCCCGAAGAGGUCUCUUCUGUCAUCUGGUACUUCCAGAAGAACUUGGGCAGCCAUGAAACCACAGUCCUGACAGACUUUGCUGGCACCGUGGUUGUCGACUCGGGCGAUAUCCACGCGGGCAGCGAUGUGCUGAAGCGUUUCAGUAUCCGGAUGUUCAGUCUCAUCGUCUUCCGAGCCCAGGUGACGGACUCGGGACACUACAUGUGCGGCACUAAGAAAGGGGACUUCUUUUAUGGCUAUGACGUGGAUGUGCAGCCCACCAAGCACAUCACGGUGGCUUUUGUGGACAGAGGCCAGCACGUCCAGGACGACUACACAGAGAAGCUCUUCAGCCUCUUCACCACUUUCUGGGACUGGACCAGAUGUGACCGCUGUGAGGUGAGAGGCGAGCAGCGGCGGAUCGGGCUGUGCUACGUGCAGAGUGCCCAGCUGCACCCCCGAUACCGCGCUGCUGUGCCCAACGUCACAUCCUGCGGCUCGCGGGCUGUCCCUGCACAUUUCCAGCACCCCAGCCGCCUCCGGAGACCCGAGGUGGCCAUCCGAAGCUGCCUGACCCCUUGCCUGAAGGAGGAGGUCCCUGAGGAAGGCGUGCAGGCCAUCUCCAAUGUCAUUUCCAAGCUAGGCGAGAAGCCCUGGCUACCCCGCGUCCCCACGCAGUUUCACAAGCAGCCUGUUGGAAGUGGCCUGAUCAUUGCGUGCCCAGGAGCCCGGCCUGAGCAUGCCGUGGCCUGGGACAAGGACUCCGUCCGGCUCUACCGCUCCCGCUACCUCGUCGGUGUCAACAGGAGCAUGCGGGUCUUCAUCGACCACGGAAACCACCUGCACAUCCAGCGGGUCCGGGUCAGCGAUGGAGGCACCUACUUCUGCUGGCGGGAGGGCGAGAUGGUGGCCGGCUUCCGGCUUAGCGUGAUCUACCAGCACCGGCACCGGCGGACGCUCAAUGAUCCCGAGACAAUCUAUGCUGUCAAGACCAUCGGCAUGAGCUACGUCCUCAUCAGCAUCAUCUUCAUCGUCAUCCACGUGUGCCGCUGCUGCUGGCAGGUGUUCAGGUGCCCUGCCAGGACGUAG